CUUUACAAAGAAAAAGAAAGGUUUCGGAAUUUGCGAAACCCUUCUUGUACAUGGAAGAAUAAGAAAAGCAAAGAGAUUUAUUCACAAAUUCACAAUCAGUACUUUUCCUAGUCCUCAACCUGUGACUGACAAUGAACCGUGGUUCACCAAUAGUCAGAUUUUUUCAGUAUUCCUCUUUUUUUUUUUCUUUUUUAAUUCAAGGAUCUCAGCCCGUACCAUAGCUAAUCAUAACCCGGGAUUUCUUAAUAUGGUCCGCCAAGCAACAUGAACAUAAGUUGUCCAGUCAGUGUAUUCGAAAAAAACCAAGGUUAGACAGAGUCCAUGGAAGAAACCAAAGUGAGUUUGAAACUUCUAAUAGACAGAGAAAACCAAAGAGUACUUUAUGCAGAAGCGGGCAAGGAUUUCAUCGACUUCCUCUUUCACAUUCUGGUCCUUCCGGUCGGUUCUUACAUGCCGCUUCUCAAAAAGCCAGAAAUGGUGGGCAGCUUCCAUAACAUUUAUGUGAGCAUUGAAAAUUUGAGUAGUUCUUACCUUAAACCAUACGCGAAGAAAGAGACUAUCCUAAAACCCAAAAUACACAUCUAUGAUAGUACUGCUGGUAGUGUCCCUCGCCUAUUACCAAACAUUGAAUCAUCCAUAUCCACUAAAUUCUACCGGUGUUCUAAUGAUUACAGCCGACAAUGUGGUAAAUAUGUGGCCUAUGAUUUAAGCUCAAUCUGUCCCUCGUGCAAGCUUGCUAUGAGCAGAGAGUUAAGUUUCGUAGACCAACCAAGCGCAACAAAUAUGGAGUCCUCCAGUGAGGAAGGCUACGUAAAAGGCCUGGUUUCAUACAUGGUGAUGGAUGAUCUGGAGAUUAAACCCAUGUCCAUUAUCUCUAGUACUAUCACUCUGCUUAACACUUUCAAUGUCAAGGAAAUAGGGGCUCUUGAGGAGAAAGUUGCCAAUUUGGGCAUGGAUGAGGGUGUGAAAUUGCUCAAUGCUUCUCUGCAGUCGAAGACUGUUCUGACUGAUGUUUUUCUCCUGAGAAUGGAAGCUGAAACAGGAAGUCAAAUGGCAACCUAAGUGCAUGACAGGAGUUCUGUGGCAUUGCAAAAACAAUGUUAUUUAUUUAUUUAUUUUUAUUAUUAUUGUUGCAAAUAUAUUUUAAAUGUUAGUUACUAUUACUCAUAUUCUUGUGUGGCAUGUAAAGGGUAAUACUCUCUCUCUCUCUCAAGCAACAUUAUGUUUCAUCAAAAUGAGAUGCAAUGCAAGUAUAUGUAAGUUUCUGUUAGUCAUUAAUUCUUUGAUAUCAUUUUAUGAUGACCUCAACAAUGAGGUGCUGGAAGAUGACUAGGGAUAGGAGGAGGGGCUGAGCUAGAAAUUUAAUUAUAAGCAGAGCUAAGUUAAAUAAUAGACUUGGAAAAUGGAUACAAGACACAACUUGUUUACCUAAUGUUGAACAAACAUCACAAAUUUUCCUUGAAUAGAGAGACUAUUAAAAAUUGAAAUGCAAGAAGUUUAGGAAGCAGAAAAAUACUAGCAAAAACCAUUCAUGUGAAACUUGGUGACUUGAAAGGUGUCGGUGAUAUUUGCAACAAGGGCUAAAAAUCUAAAAAUGCAAGAUUAGCCCAAAUCUCCCCUUGGGUUCUUUAGAAGUAUUUAUUUGUGAAGAAUCCAGUCCAAAAUUUCAAAUGUAUAAUGAACAAAAGGUUAAUGGUGCUUUAACAAGAG